GUGUGGAUGCUCAGAUUUGUCGUCAGGUGGCACAGACUGUCUGUUGUGUCUGUGAUUGGAACAAUGCAUGAGCAGUGCAGCAGUCAGCCUCCGUUGCAACCUUGCCAUGGCUGUAAAGGGGUUGUGAUUUAGCACACACGCACACACAGCUACACCUCUGCUUCUCUUCCCAAACCAGAUGCUGCUUCUGAUCCUGCUGCCCUGGGCUCCCUGUGCCAAUCCAGAGUGAGUAAUGAAAUUCAAGCCCUUCGGCUCCGGCAAGGAUGCUGUUUCCAUGAGCCCAUGUGAUGCUUCGAUAGUACAGCAGCUGCAGCUCUUCCUUUCUCCUGUUCUUCCAUAAUCUCGGGCUGUCAUGGCGACUCCCAACAAUGUUACUCCCACCAACUGCAGCUGGUGGCCCAUUUCAGCCCUGGAGAACGAUGCAGGCAAAUCCAUGGAGACCAAGGAAAUCCAGGACCCGGCACACCCUGCUUUCCGAUCCAAGGACAGGCUGGUUUUGUAUCACUGGACCCAGUCGUUCAGCUCACAGAAGGUCCGCCUAGUCAUUGCAGAAAAGGGAUUACCAUGCGAGGAACGGGAUGUUAGCAUGCCACUGACUGAGCACAAAGAGCCCUGGUUCAUGCGGCUCAACCUUGGGGAAGAGGUACCCGUGAUCAUCCAUGGAGACAACAUUAUCAGCGACUACAAUCAGAUCAUCGAUUACAUGGAAAAGACUUUCACAGGAGAAAACGUUGCCCAGCUAAUUCCAGAAGAGGGGAGUCUCCUUCAUUCCAGAGUGAUGCAGUACAGAGAGCUCCUGGAUUCCUUGCCCAUGGAUGCUUAUACGCAUGGAUGCAUCCUUCAUCCAGAGCUCACCACAGACUCCAUGAUUCCAAAGUAUGCUACAGCCGAGAUCCGCAGACAUUUAGUGAAUGCCAGCACAGACCUUCUGAAGCUAGACCAUGAAGAGGAGCCACAGUUAACAGAGCCAUAUCUUUCCAAACAGAAGAAACUCAUGGCCAAAAUCCUGGAACAUGACAAUGUGAACUACUUGAAGAAAAUCCUGGGUGAGCUGGGAAUGGUGCUAGAUCAGAUUGAGGCUGAGCUGGAGAAGAGGAAAAUCGAAUACCAAGGACAGAAGUGUGAACUCUGGCUUUGUGGAUGUGUUUUCACCCUGGCUGAUAUCUUGCUGGGAGCCACCCUGCACCGCCUCAAGUUUCUAGGACUCUCUAAGAAAUACUGGGAAGACGGCAGCAGGCCCAACCUACAGAACUUCUUUGAAAGGAUACAAAAACGCUUUGCCUUCAGGAAAGUUUUGGGAGACAUACACACCACCCUUCUCUCAGCUGUGGUACCCAACGCCUUCAGGCUGGUCAAACGGAAACCCCCAUCCUUUUUUGGCGCCUCCUUCCUCAUGGGAUCUCUAGGGGGGAUGGGGUAUUUUGCUUAUUGGUAUCUAAAGAAAAAAUACAUCUAAUGCUGGCCAUUCUGGUGUUUAGUUUGGUGUCUUCUGUGCUGUGUUGAAACCAUGAUGAAUCCUCAGUAAAUGUAAUGAAAAUUUGAAACCAAUAUGAAUAACUAUACUGUUAAUGUAACAUUCCAUAGUCUAGAAGUAGAAACUUAUACUGCAAGGAAGUGAGUCAACAAAAAUAGUCAACUUGUUUUUUGGGGGAAAGGAGCCUUUUUUUUUUUUAGGUUUAACUGUUAUAAAAAUUGUAAACGGUAGACGUGUAUAAGGCUUACACAAUCACCGUAGAGCAAAACUGCCCUCUAGCACAGUGAAGUGGCAUCAGAAGACAUGGUAACCCCCAACAAAACAGUUCAACAAGGGGGGGUCUCUUCUGUACCUUUACAUUUCCCCCCACUGUCUAAUGGCCACAUAGCACAUUUUCUUCCACAGGUGCAAACAGCAAGGACUUUUCCUCUCUUCUGAAUGUGGUAACGUGAUGUAAUGAGCCAGAGUCUUUUUGCAGAAAGAGAAUGAAUGGGAUCAAUUAAACCACAGUAGUUGAUAAAGUUCCGGCUUCCGUGGAAAUGAAAUCUUUCUCUCUUUGUAUCAUUCUUUCCAUUCAAUCAAGUAUUUUUAUUGACCUGCGCUUAGAAUGUAUCCACUUUCUACUUCUAUUUUUUUAAUUUUUUGUAUCUAUAGCUAACAGCCAGUGGUCCUUCUGAUUGUAAUCUUGAUUUCAAAAGAUGAAAUUCUGUCUUACUGAGGUUAUUUGCCUCCAGCUUCUUUCAUGAAUUUUGCCAAGCAUCGUUCACCAAUGGAGCCUUUUCGGGACUCAACAACAUGACUGUUUUCAUUAAGUUUGAAACCAUUUCCAAAGGAGUUCUGUUAUUUGGACUUUUGUGUUUUCUCUUCUUUUCAGAGCUUUUCUCGGUCACUGUCUUGCUGUGUAUUUUCUUAGAAACACUUUGCACAGAAAAAAAAAUCACGUUUUUCACUUUCUUGUGCCUUUUGCAUGUUGGAAAGAAUAAUAAGCAUCACUGCUACUCACGCUUUAAAAAAACAGCUCUGAGAUCCUAAAUAAACCAUAUGGGAGGAGUAACUGCUUUACAUUUCUAAA